AUGCGGGUUGUACUUGUGAUCGCCGCUACGACCUCCUUGCUGUGGCUUUUUUCUGUGGAUGGUCACAACAAUUCUCUACGAGACGACGAUGCAAGGCUGGCUGGGCAAGACGAGGCGGUGCCCACCGAUCGUACUGGCAAUGAAGUUGCCGUGUUGCCAGACGCGGACGACGCGUAUUCCUCGCUGUACUGCGUUGGGAGCCGGUUUGUGGAUCCCCUCGCGGGUAGUGCUGCUGCUGGGGAUGAGGGGGGACCUGCGGACGGUGUGCGGGUGGAUGUGGUGCAGAACGGUGUCUUCUUGCCUUCUGUGUUAAACAGAACGGAGCUAAAUGAGCAAGAUGUGCGGGGUUCUCCUGACAUUUACUACUUCCCCAUCUACAACCGCACGUGCCUCUACAGCUUUGUGUACUUUGAUCAACACCGGAACAAGUUUUUCUUCUACCUACGGAACACGUCCACGCAUAGACGACUACUGACGGAGGGGCGACUGCAGCUGCCGCCGGUUUCGCUGAGUUCGCGGCCGCUGGAGGUGCCGCGGGUACGCGCAAGUGCUCUUCGCCGGCAGGCGCAGUGGGCCUUUGUGUAUGCCCCCACUGUGGUACUUGGCCGGCGUCCGCGCAACGUAUCGGUGAUCCCAUUAUCUCAGCAGCAACAACAACAACAACAACAACAACAACAACAACAAAAGCAUCAGCGGCAUCAGCAAGGGCAGAUUGAGGAUUCGGUGCCAUACCACGAUAUACUGGUGGCGUACUUUCUGCCUACAGUGGCGCCGUGGAACUUUGCCCAUACACUCUUGUGCGAUUUGUUCGGUUUUUUUUGGGGACAUGUGGAGCUGCAGCGGACCUUGGCUCACCUGUUUCCGAAUGAGAUGCGAUUUCUAGCGGAGUCGUUGCCAGAAGCGCAGCUACUUGUCACGUCAUUUAGGUACUUUCCAAAGUUCCCGCUUCCUAAUUCCAACAAGGCCUUUGCGUAUAUGUCCCGGCGUGCUGCGAUGUACGAUGUGAUGCUGCCCUCUGGUGUGUACCGUGGACUGCUGGCGGGUACAGGAACGAAGAGUUGGAGUUGGGUGACAACGGCGUAUGCAGCGAGUGGGUCGCCAGCGUUGUGGUACGCGUUUCGGCAAUACAUCAUCCGUCUUACACAAGCGCACCAGCCAGUCCACCGGCUGCCGUCGUCUUCCGUGGCUGCAGCAUCACGCCCGUUGCGCGUUUCCCUCUGUCACAAGGAAGACAAGCGCGGCAUCGCCAAUAGCCAGGAGUUGCUGCAGUUCCUUCGUGCCCGGUUCGAAGUUGCGGACCGCGUGGAGUUCGUGCUGGAGAGCGUUGUCGGCCGCAGCGCCCGCGAGCAGGUGGAGAUGAUGCUUGUAUCCGACGUGUUUGUGUGCAACGAGGGUACACUGGCGACGACCUUCUUCUUGAUGAACCCGGGAUCGGUGUUUCUUGCUGUGCCCCUCGUAUACCACUCGCCACAUCUGCAUCAACGCAACAUGCCGCGGGUCGAUGAGUGGUGGACGCGUCCCGACAUCAUCCGCGUCGACCCACGCUUCAACACGGGAGGAAACAUUGACUGGUUUCCGCCCGUCAUUUCGUGGGUGCGUGUCGCGUGGUACAACGCGAUUCCGCUGUCAGAAGUGUCGAUCCAGCAGCCGCUACGUGGGCUGCGCAACUACAUGCCGGAUUACAACAUCCGUAUUGACCCGGAGCGCUUUGCUGUGCUGAUGAAACGCGCUAUUGAGUUCAUUAGGGGCCAGGGCACGUUGUGGGAUGUGCAGUGGGGCCCGAAUCCCUUCCUGUGGCGUGCUACUCACCGCGGCACUUGGAGCAGCAUGAACAACAACCACAAGAAUUUUGGCGGUGAAGUUGGUCAAGAAGGCGAUGCGGUGUUCCCUCUGGGCUUGCAGGCGCUGAAUGGGGCCGAUGUGUUGGCCGACGCCUCAAACCGCGCAGUGUUCUACCUGCAUGAGAGCGAUGAUGAACGUGACCGCUUCCGCGGCCGGACGCACCGGCCACCGAACUACUCCAUCACAGCAGACCAGUGUCGUCGGCUGCUGCACCUGCACCCUGGACUGGCCACGAGCUUCAACACUGCGCUGUGCCGCUAUGGGAUGAGUUGGCUGUGUGAGUUUUUCGCGAAUGGCCGCUAUCAGCAGCGCUUCUUCCACGACAAGUGGCAACACAGCGGUGGGCGCUGCGGUGGUGCGGAAAGUUGGCCGGGCUAUUGGCUGCAGCAGCCAGAAAAGUUGCGCGCUGCUGUCGACGCGCGGGCGAGUGAACGCGAUGUGCCGCAUGACUUAAGCGAGGCAGUAGAUUAUUUCUUCGAUCUGCGUGAGCAGUGGAACCUCUCGCAGUUUCUCUAUUUCAGCAAGGAGCAGCUGCUAAUGAGUUACAGAGUGACCGAUCUUGGCGACCGUUUCAGUGCGGAGGAAGACGCUGUGCGGAAAUUGUUUGGGUAA